CAAUUGAAGGACGUAUUGCGACAGGUGGUACUGGAAUUCGUUGCCAUAUUAAAAGCUCUGGCCUCGUGUUUUGCGGGUCCAAUCCAACUUUAUGCAAAUGUGCUUUUAAUUCCGGUGUGGACUCUAAAGCAUUAACGAAGGAACAAUGGGAUUAUUUGCAGUUAACUGUUGCAAUGUAUAUUAAUAGUGAAAUGCCAGGACUUGGGAACAUGGCAGGUACAAAACCGAGUAGAGGUUUAUGUCAGCGAUUAAAAGGAAAGCAAGGAAGAUUUCGUGGUAAUUUAUCUGGAAAACGUGUUGACUUUUCAGGUCGAACAGUUGCUGUACCUGAAUUGGUUGCAAAGAUUUUGACAUAUCCGGAAAGGGUAUUUGCACAUAAUAUUGAGAAAUUACGCAAGUGUAUAAGGAAUGGUGCAGAUGUACAUCCUGGUGCCAAUUUUGUGAAAAAUACGUCUGGAGGGAAAAGAUAUCUUAAAUAUGCCGAACAAUCAUCAAAAGACGCGUGGGCUGCUGAACUACAAAUUGGCGAUGUAGUAGAACGUCAUUUAAGGGACGGUGAUGUGGUCUUAUUUAACCGACAACCUUCUCUUCAUAAGCUUAGUAUAAUGGCACACUAUGUUCGUGUCAAGCCAUGGCGGACAUUUCGUUUCAACGAAUGUGUGUGUACGCCUUAUAACGCUGAUUUUGAUGGUGAUGAAAUGAAUCUUCAUGUCCCUCAAACAGAAGAGGCACGUGUUGAAGCAAUAGAGUUGAUGGGUGUUAAGAACAACUUGGUUACGCCAAGAAAUGGAGACCCUAUAAUUGCUGCCAUUCAGGACUUUAUAACUUCUUCGUAUUUGAUUACUAAGAAAGACGUAUUUUAUAAUCGUGCCCAAUUUACGCAAAUUUGUUCAUAUAUGGCAGAUGCUGACUUACACAUUGAUAUUCCUCCACCGGCAAUAUUUAAACCAGUGAGACUUUGGACGGGUAAACAAAUUUUUAAUGUGUUGAUGCGUCCAAAUAAAAAUUCUUCAGUUUUAGUCAACCUCGAAAGUAAAGGAAGAUCUUUCGAAAAAAAUGAAAGCAGAGCGCCAGAUAUGUGUCCAAAUGAUGGUUAUGUCGUUAUUCAGAAUAGUGAAAUAAUGUGUGGUGCUAUAGACAAAUCCUUAGUAGGUGAUGGAAAUAAGCAUUCAUUAUUUUAUACUAUUCUUCGCGAUUAUGGUGCUGAGCAAGCUGCUGAAGCAAUGAAUCGAUUAUCUAAAUUGUGCUCUCGAUGGUUAGCAAACAGAGGUUUCUCUAUUGGAAUUAAUGAUGUGCAACCUGGGGAAAUAUUACGAGAUAAAAAAGAUAGACUCAUUGCAGACGCAAACAAAGCAUGUGAUGAUCUUAUUGAACGUUCUAAAUUAGGAAAACUCGAAAAUCAACCAGGUUGUAAUGAGGAACAAACUUUAGAGGCACAUAUAUCUGGUAUAUUGUCAAGGGUUCGUGACGAUGCUGGUCAAAUUUGCAUGACUGAAUUAAAUAAACACAAUGCACCUUUAAUAAUGGCGACAUGUGGUUCUAAAGGUUCGAAAAUUAAUGUGUCUCAGAUGGUUGCUUGUGUUGGUCAGCAGAUUAUUAGUGGAAGUCGAAUUCCAGAUGGAUUUCAGGAUCGUUCUUUACCACAUUUUCCUAAACACUCAAAGACUCCGGCUGCUCGCGGGUUUGUUAGAAAUAGCUUUUAUAGUGGAUUAACUCCUACUGAAUUUCUGUUUCACGCCAUAUCUGGUCGAGAAGGUCUUGUAGAUACUGCUGUUAAGACGGCAGAAACUGGUUAUAUGCAAAGGAAGUUGAUGAAAGCUUUAGAGGACCUUGCAAUCCAUUACGAUAUGUCAGUGAGAAAUUCUUCUGGUGGGCUCGUCCAAUUUUACUAUGGCGACGAUGGAUUAGACCCAGCUUAUUUAGAAGAUGAAGUUCUUCCAGUCGAUCUCAAACGUAAUUUGCAGCAUACAAUUAAUAUUGUGCCAUGGGGUAACGAUCCUGGUCUUUUACCAUAUGAAAUAAAAGAAAUUACGGACCUUGUGUUAGAUAGCGAUGAAUUUCGUAAAUCUUGUACAUCAUCAUAUAUAGAAUCUUUGCAAAAGUUUGUUCGCCAAGAAUUAGUUGAAAAGCUUGUAUCGAUACGUGAAUCCUAUGGAUUAAUACGGGCUGAUGAAAGACCCAACGAUGAAUAUAGUGAUAUUGAUUAUAGUUCCAUAGUUUCUCCUUCUUUUAAGGCGGUCGUGGAUCAUAAACUUAAAAUUACUGAAAAACAACUUCGAAAAUUUUUGAAUAUUUGCUUAAAGAAAUUUGUGAAAGCAAAGAUUGAACCAGGAACAGCCGUUGGUGCGUUGGGCGCACAAUCUAUUGGUGAACCUGGUACUCAAAUGACAUUAAAAACUUUUCAUUUUGCUGGUGUUGCUUCUAUGAACAUUACUCUCGGUGUACCGCGUAUAAAGGAAAUCAUAAAUGCUUCGAAAACGAUCAGUACACCAAUUAUUACUUGCAAGUUAGUCAAUGAUUCUGAUGUAAAGUCUGCUAGAAUUGUCAAAGGACGAUUAGAAACAACUUACCUGGGAGAUAUUGCAAAACAUAUUGAUGAAAUUUAUGAACGUGAUUCCUGUUACCUAGCUAUUAAGUUAGAUUUAGAUGCAAUACAAAAACUUCAGUUAGAAACAAACAUUAAAGAUAUAUCACGAGCUAUUAGAACUGACCGAAAGUUGAAGUUGGAAAUUCACGGAAUUCGAGUAAUUAACAAUGAUGAAAUUGAUGUAUAUGUACCAGAUAAAGAUGGUUCAAAAAGACAGGAACCGGAUAAAUUAUAUUUUCGAUUACAAAUUUUGAAACGGGCAUUACCAAAAGUUAUAAUCAAGGGUAUUCAAACUGUGACAAGAGCAGUCAUAAGUGAAGCUAAAGCAGGCAAAAAGCAAUUACUUGUUGAAGGUUAUGGUCUUCGAGAAGUAAUGACAACUGAAGGAAUAUUUGGUACGGAAACAACUAGUAAUAACGUUAAUGAAGUAAAUAAAGUUUUAGGAAUAGAAGCUGCUAGGUAUGCAAUUUUAAACAUCAUCAGAAUUACAUUUUAG